AUGGUGUCCUACGUACGCACGCUGAAGAAUGACUCUGUAGCAGGGAAGACAGGGGGAGGGGACAACCCCUCCACGUGCUGCCCACCUUUGCGACCGAAGAGAAAGUCUCCCAGGUGGCAUAUAGAGCUCGAGCCGUGGGCCAGUGACAGCCACUCCCUGGAGGAGGAAGCUAGGAGGUUCCUUCACUACAUCACUACACCACAGGUGGGUCACACUCAUUUAAUGGCAGCCAGUUUAGUUUCUGAAAGCAGCUCCUGGCCAAAGGGGCCCUGGGCAGUGUGUCUGGACAGCAAGUACAGCCUGGCACAACGGAUACACACCAAACACUGCCGGGUCUACUCUCUGGGGUUGGGUGUGGAGGAUAAAACCCUGGAGCGCUCUCUGGCCAGGGUGGGCUGUGAGGUACACUGCUUUGACCCCAGCCUAAAGCAGGCCCACCUACAGGAGUCAGACAUGUGGCUCCACCGUCUCUCCGUAGACUGGAGGGACCCCAACCCAGCCAUCCCCGCCCAGCGACAGCACGGCAACAUCAAGAAACUGGCCACCAUCCUCAACGAUUUUGGACACAGACAGGUGGAUGUUCUGAAGGUAGACAUGGAGAGUGCGGAGUGGAAGAUUCUGGAGAACCUGGUUCUAGAAGGGGUUCUGAGCUCAGUGGGUCAGUUACUACUAGAAGUCCACCUCCACUGGGCAGGGUUUGAGGUGGAUGGGGACGACCCAUCCGUGGUGCGCUAUUGGUUCAGCCUGCUGAAGGAGCUGGAGCGAGCUCACUUCCGCCUCUUCCGUUACCACAACGACCCAGCCAAACCCCGCCUUUUCCUGCACAAGAACUUUCUGAACGCCAGCAGUGCCUAUACACUGGGCUGGGUCAACAAUGAGUGGAGGCCUUGAGAGCACUGACUGACUGACGGACAGGCCUCUGGCCAAUGAGAAGGGGAGACUCUGUGAAAUGUAGUCCAGCUACGAUGGGAAACGAAGGAGUCGUAAAUCCCGUGGGAUGUUUGCCUUUGGAUAUUUACAGCGAGCUCCAAAAGUAUUGGGACAGUGACAAUUUUGUUGCUGUUUUGGCUCUUUACUCCAGCAAUUUUGAUUUGAAAUGAUACAAUGACUAUGAGCUUAAAGUGCAGACUGUAAGCUUUAAUUUGAGGUGUAAUUCACUUAUGUGUAUUGAAGUAGUAAAAGUUACAGGUAUAGAGGUAUGAUAUUUGUGCUUCUAACUUUCUCACUCAUCAUUAGUCACGAUUCAUUCAGGACUAUCCAUAAUCAUGGUGGCAUCCACAUUAAUAUAGAAGUGUUAGGAAACAUUUUAUAUUCUUAUUUACAAUAAAAGUACUUCAAAAUGACAAUAUAUUAUUUACCAUGAAUUUCUAUUGGGUAUAAAAUAAUCUUAAACACAACCAAAACAAACAGCAAUUGCAUCCAACA